GAGAAACAUGAAGCAACCCAUCUCGUAAUCUCUAUAAUACUGUGCAUGUGUAUGCAUCUGCAUAACAUGUUUAGUAUCACCGUCCGCUGCAAAAAAUAUUAGAAAAAUAUUGUAGCCUGAGCUCUUAAGGAACUGUAACUUGAAAGACCAAUCAUGUGUCAGAACAAAAGAAGUUUCAGAACAAAGAAAGAAAAUUAGAAUAAUCCCACUGGGUUUUGACCUUAAUCAACCAUCCACAAAAAUCUCCACUUAUAAAUACUCAGCUCACAUUCCAGAUUUCUGCAAAGCUUGAUUAUUAGUAAUUGGUUAUUCAAGUAAACACACAAAAUGGCUCUAGAACCAAACUUUCUUCUCUCAUGGGUCUUCUUAUGCAUAGCUGCAACAAUCUCCAGCACACUUUUCUUCUUCCGCAAGAAACCUCACAGAUUCACAUCAAAGAAGCUGCAGCAGCAGCAGCAGAAGAAAAAGAAGCUUCCUCCUGGAGAAAUGGGGCUUCCAUGGAUAGGCGAAACAAUGGAGUUCUACAAAGCUCAGAAAAGCAACAGAGUGUUCGAAGAUUUCGUAAAUCCAAGAAUCAUCAAACAUGGUAACAUCUUCAAGACAAAAAUCAUGGGAUCACCAACGAUAGUAGUCAAUGGAGCUGAAGCCAAUAGGCUAAUAUUGUCCAACGAGUUUAACUUAGUGGUGAGCUCAUGGCCUUCGUCCUCUGUUCAGCUAAUGGGGAUGAACUGCAUCAUGGCUAAACAAGGCGAGAAGCAUAAGGUCCUUAGAGGGAUUGUAGCUAAUAGCCUUAGCUACAAUGGGUUAGAGUCCCUAGUGCCUAAGCUCUGUGAAACUGUUCGGUUUCAUCUUGAAACCGAAUGGCUAGGCAAGGAAGAGAUUAGCCUCUACCGUUCCACAAAAGCUCUCACUUUCACUGUAGUCUUUGAGUGUUUGUAUGGGAUCAAAGUGGAGCUUGGGAUGUUAGAGAUCUUUGAGAGGGUUUUAGAAGGAGUUUUCGCUUUGCCUGUUGAGUUUCCUUGCUCUAGGUUCGCUAGAGCAAAGAAGGCAAGGCUAGAGAUAGAGACGUUGCUGGUUAAGAAGGUCAGAGAGAAGAGAAGAGAAAUGGAAGAAGAAGAAGUUAGGAGGCCAAGUACAACGCUUUUCUCGAAGCUAGUAGAAGGGUUGAUCAAAGGAGAGAUAACCGAAGAAGAAGUUGUGGAUAAUAUGGUUUUGCUUGUGUUUGCAGCUCAUGACACAACCUCUUACGCCAUGGCCAUGACUUUCAAGAUGUUAGCUCAGCACCCAACUUGCCGCAACACUCUCCUUCAAGUGGAAGAUGUGAAGAAGAUGAAGUAUAGCUGGCAAGUUGUUCGUGAAACAAUGCGUUUAUCUCCUCCAAUCUUUGGUUCUUUCAGAAAAGCAGUUGCUGAUAUCGACUAUGGAGGAUUCACAAUUCCCAAAGGCUGGAAGGUGAUGAAACAACACAUCAUCUCUCUAGACAUCCUUGAGUUCCUAAAUCAUGCAACACUCUGUUUCUUUCAAGAAAUACUAAUAAUUUUUUUGUUGAGUGCAGAUACUUUGGACAACGUAUGGAACUCAUUACAAUCCUGAGAUUUUUCAAGAUCCAAUGAGUUUCAAUCCUUCAAGGUUUGAUCAGCCAAUACAAGCAUAUACGUAUCUUCCGUUUGGAGGAGGACCAAGGCUUUGCGCAGGUCACCAACUAGCAAAAGUCAGCAUUCUCGUUUUCUUGCAUUUCGUUGUGACACGUUACGAUUGGUCCUUAGUCUAUCCAGAUGAGACAAUCAGCAUGGAUCCUCUCCCUUUUCCGUCUCUUGGAAUGCCAAUCAAAAUCUCUCCCAAGGUGUCAUAGAAAUUUAGAGCAACGAGAGUGAUGUUAUCGUUUGUAUGUAUGCAAUAUUCAAAAAAUCCUUCAAAAGUUCUAGACUUGCAUUGAAUAGAAAAGAAAAGAAGGAGACUAGAUGCUUUCAUAACACAUUUCUAUGUAACUCCCAAAGUGUAUAGAUUCUAUUGAAAAAAUGAGAAUCAUUCUUACAAAAUUGUUAUGUGUUGUGCAUUGAACCAACUAGUCAAAACAAUCUUCUGUCUUGGUCAUCAGCCAUUCUUUAUUUUUCUUCUCUCAACUACUCUUCAAAGUUUCCAUCAUAGUACUAACUUUAUUCUCUUCUUUAUCUUCCUUGUCUUGGUUUUAGUCCGUCCUUGCUAUUACAAUCGCUACUAUGAAGCAAUCUCCUAGAUAGCUUGAAUCUGUGGACAGAGUGUUCUUUAAACCGGCGAAAGAUCCAGACCAUUGCAGCUCGAAGUAGAAGGAAAGAGAGAGAGAGGACACAUACAAGAAGAGGAAUGGAAAAGGUAGGUGAAGACGAGGAGAAGACCAUUGAAGAAGCAAGAAACUCGGUUGAGGAGACGAGUAGUGAUAAGGAAGAUGAAAGGAUCAGAGAUACCAUCACUAAACGGUUUGAUCCAGUAGAUUACGCAGAAGAAGGCUCCACAGAUCCAUCUAACUCACAGACGGUCACCUUUGAAGAUCAUGAUGUCAAUGACUAUGAUAUGGAGGAUGAAGAGGUUCUCCAGCUUUUCAGACGUAAUCGCCGGAAUGUACCUCAGUUACAAGAAGACACUCCUGCAGAAACAGAACAAGAAAGUGCAGUGUUCCACAGUUUGAACGACAGCAGCGAGAUUCCGGAAAUACUUGAAGAAGUCAGGUCAUCAUCAGCUUCAACUGAAGAUAACGAGGAUUCAUCCAGUAACUCAGACCUUGACUCGGGCCUUUUUAUGUAUUAUUUCGACGGGUCCUUACCGGUUUCAGCUCAUGCAGAAGAAUCUGAAACCCAUCAAGAUGAUUCUCUAGCACCUAAAGAUGAGAACCAGAUGCCUCUACUGUGUCCCAAGCAACCAACUUCAUGGAGGAAUUGCUGCGGGCUCCUUGAGCUUAUCCGAGCUGCUGAUCCAUAGGAACCAGAAAAAAUAAGGAGUGAAAGCAAAAACACUACACCGAGAGACCAGAGCCAACAUAUUCAUAGAAAACAGGGCAUGUGAACAUUGUUGUUCUAGUAACCACCGUCACAUCAUGAUUCCUAAUAGUAAGUGGCUCAUGUGUUCUUCGUUUUUCUUGAGUUUACUACAACCAAUGCUUAGGAUCUGUAAGCAAUCUAUUUAGCAAACUAGUUUCUCUUUGUAAUUCAGUUUAUAGAAAAACAGCUAUAUGUGAUAACAAACCAAUAUCAAAUGCAUUCAUAGCCUAAAAGCUAAAGAUUCAUCAAUCACCUCAAACAAACAAACAAAAGAUAUCUUUCUCUGUAAGUCGUAAUUAUCAAACUCUCUGCUUUCUCUGUUCUCUUCUUGAUCUCAGCUCUCUGCUUUCCUCAAACUCUCCGCUUCUUUCUCUGUAAGUCGUAACUAUCAAAACUCUCACCUUUAUCCGUCAACUCUUUUCUUCAAUGAGUUGAUGAAUAUCUUCUUGAAUCCUUAUCACCUCGCUCUCAAGCUCCACAGCUCUCGCAGAUAUAGAUUCCAAAACCUUCUUCGAACUGCUCCAUCUCCAUCUCUUCGAGCCUCUGUUUCAUGAUUCUCGCCGCUUCGACUUCUCUCGAUAAUCUCUCAACCUUCUCCUACAGUUCCCGAUUAUCCCGUUUUAAGUCGUGUUUCUUCUUCUCCAGUUCUUCGAUUCUCGAUAACUGUAGGAGAUGGUUGAGAGAUUAUUGAGAUGGUUGAAAGGAGAAGAAGUUGAGAUUAAGCCCAGCCCAAUUAGAGUAUAUUUAUCUAAGACCCAGCCCCAUUUCUAAUGUUGGUCGAUAUUUAUCUAAGG